AUGUCACUUUUAAGAAUUCAGUUUAGGCGAACGUUCUCCGUGUACAGAGCUUUACUCCAGUCUACUAAGGAGCUGAAGAGCGUUAUUUCUAAGAUCCCUGAUAAUGCACCCACACUUAACGAAAAUACAGAGUGGCUUCGUGAGUUAUCUACACAGAAAAGGAAGAUUUUUCGAGUAGUCAAUGAAGACACCGAAAGAAGAACAUACACGAUAGAAAGUAAGACGGGGCUGGAUGCACCUGAAUCGAACCCAGACUUCAUAACGGUUAAAUCUAAGAAAACCAAGGCCUCCUAUAAUAUUGUUCGUCAGCCUUCAUUCUCCAAGGAAGCACCCAACCCAUAUCAUAUAAUAUCCAUUCCAGCAGCUUCAUAUGAUGUUUCCUCCUCUCCAUUUUCCGUGAAGCCAGCUAAACAAAGGCCAAAAUCAGACCGGUCUCAGGCUUUCUCGGACCUCAAGGUUGUUAAGUUGCGGUCUGGUAAUGGUGGUGCGGGUAUUGUUUCUUUUGCCACUGAUAGUGGUAUCCCAGUUGGACCUCCCGAUGGUGGUGAUGGUGGUAAUGGUGGCGAUAUUUAUGUGAUGGCCGUAGAAGGAUUGAGUUCUUUACAAGGCGUUAGAGCGAAAUAUAUUGCUAAGGAUGGUACCAGUGGAAGCAGUGGCCAGCUUGAUGGAAAAAAGGGUAGUAAUGUUAUUAUCACUGUUCCUGUUGGGACUACAAUACGAUGGUGUCCAAAUCCAGUGGAAAUUAGGGCAUUACAGAAGAAGGAACAUGUUGAUAAAGUUUUCCAUAUUAAGGCUAUUUCCGAAAACACGGGAGAAAAAAUUCCCAAAUACAUCCAGCUUUUUAGAGAUUCCUAUCGUCCUGGUCAAGGAUGGAUAUUUAAGGACAAAAAUGAGCAGUAUCAUAUGGAAAGAGGAUACUUCAAAGAACUUAGGGAAAGUGUCAAAACCUUUGAUCGGCAAUCGGACUACGAUGAACUCCGAUCAGAUCGCUUUCCUAUAUACGGCAUUGAUCUAGCAGAGCCAACCUCGGAACCCCUGCUUAUAAUGAAAGGUGGAAGAGGCGGAUUGGGUAAUAUGCAUUUCUUGACUCCAAAUGUUCGAAAUCCAAGAUUUUCGAAAAUGGGAAGGGCAGGUUUAGAAGAAAGUUUCAUUUUCGAGUUGAAAUUAUUGGCAGAUUUGGGUCUUGUGGGCCUACCUAAUGCUGGAAAGUCCACACUACUAAGAGCAAUCUCACGGGCCAAACCUCGUAUUGGUUGUUGGGAAUUUACGACAUUAGAGCCUACAAUCGGUACUAUUUCUGUUGGAAUUGAUCGCCCAAUGUUUACUGUUGCGGAUAUUCCUGGUAUAGUCAAAGGUGCAAAAAAUGAUAGAGGAAUGGGCCUCAAUUUCUUGAGGCAUAUAGAACGCUCGGGUGGAAUAGUUUUUGUUGUUUCACUUUCCGUUAAAGAUCCCAUUUCAGACCUCCGGAUUUUAGAGGAUGAAUUGGGACCUGAAAUGCUUGCAAACAAAAAUAAGUUAGUGGUAGCAACCAAAGCCGACCUCGAUGGGACAGAACCAAAAUUUGAGGCACUAUCAAAGUAUUGUUUGUCCAAUGAAAUGAAAUGCGUUCCUUGUUCACCGAAAACAACCGGUAAUAUGGACAUAGUGAUAAAGUUAAUGGCAGAAUGUUCGGGCAAAUACUAA